ACUCCCCACAUUCACCGAAAUACAGAUUAGCAAUACAUAGAAAAGCUGAAGAAAUCAAUGUUAUCUCAAAUUUUGCGUUGAUUCACUACUGUGUCGAGGAGCAACGUGCCCUAAAACGACCAGGGCCAGAAUGCUGCCUGAUUCUGAGCUUCUCGGACAAUUUUUCCACCAGAUUUUCCAGUCGGCGCACAACAAGAGGAAAAGCGACUGGAAAAAAGCUUCCAAGGGCAAAAGCAAGGAAAAGCGAAAAAAGGGGGAUGUUGCCUCUGAGGUUGUGGUGGUCGCACCGCCAGAUGUCCAGCUUCCAGGAAACCCCUCGUCCUUGGCUGUAUUCGCAAGUGUCCGCUUGUCUGUGCUGGAAAGGUGGCGCAGGCAGACCAGCCAGAUUCUCCUGAGCAACCUCUUGGGCGACGAAGCAGCGGCAGACAGCGAUGAUGAUCUCACAGACAAAGACCCGGAGAGUGCUCUCAGAGUGCCAAAGCUCGUUGGGUUUGGCCUGUGCACCGUUUUCGAGCUGCUCCGAGAGAGUAGACAGUUGCACCCAGUUCUCUGCACAAAAGCCUUAAGAGCUCUACUUGAUAUUCUGCAAGGACAGCAGCCCGAGGGUCUCAAACAUGAACCCUGUGAUGUUAUCGAUCCACUAUUUGACCUAUUGCUUGAUUUGGCAACAUUUCACGGACCCGAAGCAAGUCAGGAGUCAAACAUUCAGCUCUCGGCCGUGGCCUGCAGUUGUUUGUUGGCCCUGGUUGUGGCAAGAGGAGACACUGGAAAACUUCUCUCUGCUACUUCAGCACUGCUGAUGAGUCCCAAAAGUCUCUCUACCCAAAAUAUUAAUAUGCCUGAAAUUUUGGCUGCCUUGCAACGCAGUGUCCACAAUGUGCUGCUCGGAAAGCAGCCCAGACCUGACUGGAUUAGCCACGGCAUUCCGCGAACAAUGCUUAUUGACUCCCUAAAGUUGAAAUUUCUGUCAGGAUGUGAAUAUGAAAACUACACUUGUGGCAACCAUUCAAUGACCUGUGAUGGAUAUUUUUUGUACCUUUUCUGCCAUGGCUCCCUCUACAAACUGGGCACUGGCUAUGGUGGGACAACAAAAGGGAAUGUGUACAUGAAGAAGGAAGACUUUUCCCACUAUCAGCAAGGGUGGCUUGGACACGCUAAUGGCAAGUUGUAUUUCAAGCCGAUUGGAGUUCGUUUGAGCUCACAAAAGCUGUACCUGAUUGACGCAGAGACUUUGAUUCUCUCGAAGCCUCUAGACCUUCCUGAUUACACAACUUGGGGUCCAGGAGCUCUGUUUUCUGAUGGAGAUUCACUCUUUGCUAUUUCUUCAUCCAACGAUGACGGAUUUGCUAUUCGCAGUAUCACUGGCAACUCUCCAACAGAAAUUCUUUCCCUUAAACUGGCUAGGAAGUGCAUGGAAGCUUGGGGCAAUCUCGGAGGGGAAGAUGGUGUUGCUUUGAGUGCCGAAGCAAGUGUUUUGGUCAAGACGAACAGCGAAGAAGAGCCUGUAUUCAUUGCUUCUGGAAAAGAUUUUGGGCUUGUUAGAACAGCCAAUGGAAAAGUGUUGUACAGUGGCAAAGGCAGUAGCUUAGGACUAAAGCAAGCAGGCUCUGUAGCAGCCAGCUCCGGAAAGUGGAGCAAGUGGAAUGAACUUCCAGUUACAAAAACGCCAAAACUGAUGUACUUGGCUGUGGGACAUGAAGGUCUGCAUGCAGUCCUGGUUGCAGACGACGGCGCCGUUUUCUUUGUAGGCACAGCUCGAAGGGGCGAAGAUGGAGACCAGAUUAAAGCAAGGAGACAGCCAAAACCAGUCAAGCCGAAGAAAAUGAUUAAAGUGGAGGGGCAGUUUAUGGUCCACGCCGCUUGCAAUAAUGGCACAACGGCACUUGUUAAUCGAGAUGGAGAACUGCUCAUGUUCGGCAAAGACACUGCACACUGCGAUACCUCUACUGGUUUGGUUAGUGGACUGAAAGACCAAGAUGUGCAAAAAGUUGCCCUCGGAAAGGCACACGCUGUGGCAUUGACAAGUAAAGGCCAUGUUUAUACCUUCGGAAUCAACAACAAAGGGCAAUGUGGAAGAGAAUUUGCAGUUCAAGUGCGAGAAGCUCCUGCAGUAGUUGCAAUGGAAACAGCAACUGAAGAGUGCGAGGAGGAGGCAGAAGGGGACUGGGAUGAAGAACAAACAGAGGGUAUCUGCGCCAAGGGCCGACACAAGUGGCACCAUGACAAAUGCAUGAUUUGCACCAUCUGUCGAGAGUGCACUGGUUACAGUAUAAGCUGCCUGAGUAGCAUGCGGCCAGACAGAAAUCCUGGACAGGCUUGUGGCUGUGGUGCUGGAGACUCUGGAUGCGCUGUGUGCGGGUGCUGCAGAAUUUGCGCCCGAGAGAGCGUUGACAACUCUGACGUGGCCAUUCUGGGGCCCAAUGGUGCUGGUGAUUUGGGCGGCAUGGUCCGACUGGACGUAAUAUUUGGUGGCCCUGGUCGGCAUUCAGCUAGAUUUCAAGAUCACCUACAACGACGACUGGACGAACGAAAGCAGAGACUGCAAAGAGGAGGAAAAGUAUAUGUUGGUAAAAAGGGGUCGGCAAGGAACGCGGCCAAGUUCGCAGCUGCUAAUGCAAAGGGCAGACCUGCAAAGGGUGAACCGCCAGCUUUGGCUGCUGGACUUGUGGCAUCUUUAAUGGCUGGUAAAUUAUUUAAAAUAAUUUGAGACAAUUUCUCUUUAAACUUUUCUAAAGGCGAAGAGGCAGUGGGAAGUGAUAUGGAAAGGGAUGCCAGCAGAGUAACUUCCUUGGCUCCAGCCAGAGUAAUAAUCCCAUCUGAAUCACCAGCUAUCCAAAUUUCCUGCGGCCUUCACCACACAGUCGUACUUCUUGUCUCGGGGGAAGUUUUCGCUUUUGGCAGUAAUGCCUGUGGUCAACUUGGAGUGGGAGAUUUGGCCCCAAGAGGAGGUCCUGUGCAUGUGCAAGUGCCUGGCAUUGUGACCCACGUUGCAACUGGCAGCAAUCACACUGUCCUUCUGACUGCCGAUGGAGAGGUGUACACUUGUGGCAGCUUCCAAAAAGGCCAGCUGGGCCGCUCAGCACCAGAGUUAGAGGACACUGAUGGCGCUUGCUCCAGCUCGCACAAAAACGGGCAGUCUUCUCGAAGCACCGACAAUAGCAACGGCCAUUGGUAUGCUGUCCCCACUCCUAUUCCAAGAAUUGGACCUCAGCACGGUCGAAGGGCUACAUGGGUUGGUGCCUCUGGUGAUAUUACUUUCGUAAAAGUGGAUGAAAGUCUGAUUAAUGCCAGCAGUCUUACAAAUUCUACCGUUGUAGCUAACAAAUCAUGCAUAAUCAUUCUUCCAACUGACUGCGGCGCCUCUAGCUCAUUCAAGAGUCUAGUCAUUAACAAGAUGGAUGGAAAUUGCUCAAGUUUUUCUUCAAAUCAGCAGAUGGACUUCAGCAAACAUAACGUCUGUCUGGACCCUCUUUAUAAUGUGAUGUGGGGGCUGAACUGCAAAACUGGAGAGCUCUUCUGUAUGAACCCCAUAGCCUCCAACAUAACUCCCCUGCCCCCACUUUUGACGCCUGAACUGGCCCUUCCUGUGACGUCGGGGUGCUUUGUGACCAGAGCUCAGGCUGCACUGCACUUGCUGGGGUGUGUUGACACUUUGACUGGAACUCUUGAUCUCUCAACUCAGGUAAUCACCGAGUGCAUCACGGCUCCAGCCAGCAAAUGUACAACUCUGAGCCGCUCCCUGACAACUGCAAUCACACCAGCCCGCUCGAAAGUCUACAGCUCUGAAGACUUUUCAGCAGUGAGCAGAUUUGAAAGCUAUGGCGGAGGCUGGGGCUACUCUGGCCACUCGAUAGAAGCGAUUCGCUUCAUGUCUGACACAGACCUCAUUGUGGGUGGUUUUGGUCUGUUCGGUGGACGAGGAGAGUACACGGGGAAGAUCAAGUUGUAUGAUAUUGGAAUGGACGGAGGAGAGCAAGAGAUAGAUGGAGAACUUCUGGCCGAAACGGAAGAAGUGCCAUAUGAAUGUGCUCCAAGACAGAAAUUUGCAAUGUUGUUUGACGAGCCUGUUGCAAUUCAGCAGUACAGGUGGUAUGUCGCCUGGGCCAGAAUUGGAGGACCAUCCAGUGACUGUGGCUCCAGCGGACAAGGAACUGUCAGCACUGAAGAUCAAGUUGUUUUCUGCUUCAAGUCAUCACGACGGGCUAACAAUGGUACGGAUGUGAAUGGAGGACAAAUUCCUCAGAUCCUAUACAAGGUCGUCGUCCCUGAAAGCCAACUACCAUCCUGCAAACUGGACCUUCUGGAGCCUGUGUACCAGCUGAGCAAAGGCUUUUCCCGUUCCGUCAGCCGAGAGUGUUUCCACGCACUGCUUGCCCUUCUGCAGUGGGGCUGGACAACUUUCAAAACAGGCCUGUUGGCAACACAGGUCAACAUUGCGGAAUUGGAGAACCUGGUUUUUGUCUGCAGAGCGUGCCUCAGGUUGCUUCGUACAUACACAAAUGAGAUCUACCCGAAUGAGCCCAAAAAGACUCCUGCUGAGUCCGGGCAGCUUUCGUCAAGCGUCGGUGACGUUCGUUCUUUGCUUAGACAAAUUCUCUCUGAUCCAGUACCAAAAUCCAAAAGGUCUGGUAAAAGCCUUAAAAGAGGCCCUGAUGACCCCCUGUUGACCAAAAUGAUCAAUGAAGUCCUGCAAGAAGCACACCUGACCUUUGUAGCUUGCUUCCAUGCUUUCUAUCCGACCGCUUCUCUGCGUUGGUCAGCACUGUGCCACCUUUUGUCUGAAAUGGACAGCAGCGCCAACCUGGACAAACUCUUGAGUGCAGUUUUGGCCUCUUUGUGUCACCCAGCCGUGCGCUUGAGGUCGACUUUCCCCGUCCUUGGUGUUCUCGAGCACACAACUAUACCUUUGCCAAAGGAGUCAAACCAGCAGAGCUAUUCAUCUGAUUCAUCUCCAGAGACUUCCUCGCCAGUUUCGACAGGGUCGUCUUCCACAACCACUGCCAACAACACUCAAGCCAUAGCUGGGCCUUCACAACCAGUGACUCCGGACAACCCUCACAAUGUGGUUGUUCGAGGAUCUCCUGAUGCCCACCAAUAUCCUCUUCUUGUUGAACAUAUGAUUUACAGGGGCCAGAUGGAGGAAGGUCUUGGCACUAAUUGUUGGCAGUUUAAAGAUGUUUUAGAAAAGUUGCUUGAUUUAGUGACUGUCCCAAUAAGUGAAGCUCUAAAUAGAGACAAAGAAUCAUAUUCAUCUGAGCUGACCCAUCAUUGCUGCCACUUGAUUGCUCGGGUCAUUGCAGAACUCGCUUCUCAGUCAAGUGGCUCGGAUGAAGAGUUGGAAGGUGCUUGUGGAAGAGUGAUGCACACAACUCCCUGCAGAUUCAUGAGGUGCAACAACUGCCGAUCGUGGAACACAGGAAAUGGGUCUCCAGACGCUGUUUGCUUUACAGUAGAUCGACCUGGUGUGGCAAUCAUUGGUGUUGGGGUUUAUGGUGGAGGAGGAAUUUAUGAAUACGAGCUGGAGCUUUUGGACGACCAAAACAGCGCAACCUCCGCUGACCCAUCUCACUCUCAACGCUGGAACAGUUUGGAAAUUGCCCGAGGCACCUAUGGUCCAGAUGACUGUGUUUCGGACGUGGCUGAAAUCAAAUUCGAAAAGCCGGUGGCCAUCAGAGAGGGUGUCAAAUAUGCUGUUCGGCUGCGCAAUCAUGGUGGACGCACCAACAAUGGUGACGGUGGCUUGAAGACUGUACGAGGCCCUGAUGGAACAACAUUCACCUUCAGCACUUGCUCCCUCAGCUUUAAUGGAACAACCCAGACCAGAGGACAAAUUCCUCAUAUUCUUUACUACAGUAGUCCUCAGGACUCUGAAAAUCAACAAAAUAGCAGAGCUGUUGCUGAAAUGCAGGCCCGAAAGUGCACCCUAGGUCUAGCAGGAGCGGUAAUAAAACGCAGUGGCACUUUGCUGGCAGCCGCGCGCAGCUACGACUCGGCCAACCAUGACAUUUUGGCCGCGGCCAACAUCUUCACCACCCUCCUUCCACUUGUGCUGGCCAACAUCAGCCCCGUGGCCACUUCAGACCCCAGGAGUGCGGUCCAAGUGCUGGAGCUAAUCCAAGAACUGCUGCCCCACGUUUCGGCCUUGAACCUGACUGGAGCUGCCAUGGCCAAAAGCACUGCUUCGUUGGACAGCAGUGGCCACCAAGACUUGUCCAACGCCUCUGCCGUCAACACAACCACCACCACUUCACUGCACCACGCCAUUGUCGAAAGCGAGCACCCCUACAAGGCGGCCGUCGUCUCCAAUUGGAAGGUGGUCUUUCCAGAGAGCGUCAAGUGGUUGACGGUCGAGUUUGACCCUCAGUGCGGGACUGCCCAGCCCGAGGACUCUCUUCAACUGCACAUCAAACCCAUGGGUGAGUUGGCCACUGGAGAGCCACUUGGAGAUGAUGAGGAUGGUGUGCAGAACUACUGGCCGGUGCUCACCAAAUUCAGCGGAGCAAACAACUGGCCCCAAAUGGCCAUAGUCCUGCCAGGAAAUGAGAUUUUCUUCUCUCUGGAGACUGCGUCAGACUAUGUGCAGGAUGAAAAGGCAAACAACUAUGGCUUUCGGUGCUUGGUUGUUGGAUAUGAAUGGCCAAACGCACCUGCUGAUGGUCUGCGCCACUUGGAAUGUGAAUUGGCCUUUCUGGGAGGAAUGUGCGCUGCCUCCUUGAUGAAAAAAGAUCUUCAACUACCACCCGCUUCAGUUGAGGAGGUUGACGAAGACAUAGAGGCCGUCGAAGAAGUGGCCCAGCAAGUCUUUCAACAAAACAGCACCCUGUUGGGAAAGGGUUUCGCCCUUGCUAGUCCCCCCACAAUCAACCAGGCUCUGCAAGGCGUCCUCCCGUUUAGUUGCCAGUCAAUAGAGAGGCAGUUUUUGCGUGACCUGGUGCAGUGCACUCCUGGGACAAGUGGCGGACGUCUGGCCCGAUGGUUGCAGCCUGAGUCCUUCGUCGAGCCUCGGCGGUGUGAGGUUCUCUAUUCAAAGGAGGAUAUGCGCUGCGGGUGGCCGGCGAUCGUCACCAUUCUCAGCAAAGACCAAUACGGGCACCUAGUAAACGCCCCUAAUCUGAAGAUUGAAGUAAAAGCCAGUCCGAUUGACAAGGGUGACCUCAACGUUGAGGCGGCCACAAACGGAUCGGCCGCGGUCAACCGCAGAUCGCGCAGAAUCAGCAUGCCUGACGCGCUCUCCUUCGGAGGGCACCCCCAACCCUCCCUCGAGGUGCCCUACGAGGUCACAGUCAAGGAAAAGAUGCACUACCACUCCAUCAGCAUCAUGAAGUCGUACGAGAACUACUCGUUUGAGGAGUUGCGGUUUAUGUCACCAACCCUGCGGAGGACCAGUGAAAACAUGUUGGUCAGACCAAACGGAGACGGGACGUACAGUGCCACCUGGACCCCUGCCAGCACCGGCUGGUACAUGGUGCUCGUCACCAUUGAUGGAUAUCCACUCGAAGAGGCCUAUCGGGUUGAAGUGAAAGAUGCUCCUCAAGGAGUUGCUCCUCCUACAACAACUGUCAUUAAAAAGACCCCAAAUCAGCCAAGCAGACUAAGAAAAUAUGUUGCAAAGUAUUCAGCUGGGCUGAGAAUCCGAUCUCAUCCCUCUCUCCAGAGUGAACAUAUUGGCACCGUUGCUGUCAACGGCAUCAUUAGUUUUGUGGACGAGAUUCACAAUGACGACGGGGUUUGGGUGCGACUGAGCAACGAGUGUGUGCGCCAACUGUGCUCCUCCUCUGGCUACCCUGAAGCCUGGUGCCUCCAAUACAACCAGCACCUGGGCAAAACUCUUCUGGUGCCUGUUGAAGAGCCGAAAACGGUGCCUGAGGAGAGUUUCCGAAAGGUCACUGUCAAGAAAGCAUCAUCCAACGAAAGCCCUCUAAAGGAGAGAAAACUGUCUGCACAAGUGGCGAGUGGAGGCCCUGGCUUUUACAAUGUCAUCAAGUGUGGCGCUUCGGGACACAACAUUCGGAGCAGACCGAGCAUGACAGCGCCUCCUGUUGGAAUGCUUGUCUCUGGAAACAGGGUUGUUGUUGUUGCAGAUGAGGCAAACCAUGAAGGAACAUGGGUUCAGCUGGACCAUGAAAGUAUGAAGGAGUUUUGUUUCAAUACAGAUGGAGAGGCGUGGUCCUUGGCAGUCAGCAAAGGAGAUGUUGUCUACUUGCAGAAUGAGUCUGGCAAAGAUGGAAGGCAUGAAAGGACAUCUUCCGAGCAGCACCCAUUUGCAAUGCCUCCUAGGAAGCCUUUCGACUUUUCAGCUCAAACCCGAUCUGAAGCAUUCGCUUUUGCCCAAAAAGAUACAGGGUCUGCCGGAAGCACUACUGGAAAUCCAUUUGUGUUUGGUUCUUUAGAUUCAAAAGCUUUGAAACCUGAAAUUGCUCCAAAGCCUCAGUCCGUCAGUUCUGGUCGGUUCAGUGCUCUGAAUAAGUGGCUCCGGGGAGAAUCAGCCCCUACCAUAGUUGACACCAGGGGUUCUCCUCCAGUUGUACCACCACCACCUGGUCCAACAGUCAAAGUUGCGACUGGCAUGUCAAGCAAAGACCUGCCGCCAGAGCUGAUGGGCGUUUCUGUCAAAGAUCUUGUCAAGGCAAUCGGUGAGUCGCGGGCCAACGGCAAUGGAGUGACACCCCCUGGCACCCCUCGUAGGCCCAGUCGUAGUUCGAGUCCCAAAACCCCCUUGCCAGGCACCGCUUCGAUUCUUGCGCACCACGCAGGCAGUAGAAGUUCAAGCCCCGUUCCCAUCCCACCAGGCAAAUUAGACAGCGCUGCAAGCAGUGGCGGUUCCCCCAAAAGUAUUGGAGUGUCCCCAUUAGUUUCAGCUCCUGGAAAUAUGGUGACUGCAGACAGUGGCAGACGAGGGUCAACCCAAAGUGACACAAGUGCUUUGUUGUCGUCUUUGACCCGAGAUUUGUCCCACAGUCCGAGUAAUAGUUCUCUGCAGAUGAGAUCUGAGAGUCCGAAUAGUCUGCACAGUCAAUUGAUAGAGCAGCAGGUUGGAAGUCCAAAACUGGCCCAGAUGGGUACGCAAACCAGUCCAGAAGGGAGUUUGAAAGGCUCCUUGCAUUUCAAUGUGGGGGACAGUCUUGGGGCAGCAACUGCCGUCCCUGUCAGGAUUUCACCAAAGCCAGUGAGGAAGGAGCGGUCAAGCUCAAAAGGAGUGGCUGGCUCAGGCAGUCGCAGUAAAAGAGCCAAUUCUCCAAAGGAACAUCACCAUCGGUCAAGAAAUAGGGGAACCAGUCCUGCUCAUCCGCUAGCAAAAGAGCCUGUGAAAGAAGCAAUCGCCCCUUCUGUAGCAGAGUGCUUGAGAGCGGUUUUUGCCGCCUUCCUUUGGCAUGAGGGUUUGGUCCACGAUGCCAUGGCCUGCGCCUCUUUCUUGAAGUUCCACCCAGGCCUUCCAAAACAAGGGGCUCUUGUGAUUACAAGGCAGCAAAGUUCGUUGAGCUCCAACAUUGACAAAAUCAAGCAGAGACACUCGGUGGAAGUUUCUGCCAGCAACUACCUGCACAUCCAACCAUCCACACUGGAGACACUCACGAGAUGUGCUGCAAAUGCCAAUGCAAAUCGCAGAAAGAAACACGACUCAGCAGGUGCAAUUAAAGAAGAAGAGCCAACCUCUGAACUAGGAGCAACGGCUGGAGCUGCCGUGACCGUUCUACCACCUGCACUCAGAUCUCUAGUCCUUCUUUGGGAGGAGCUGAGCAAAGGUUGUUUGCGCAGCAUCCAACGGCAAGAGGUCAUGUCUUCUCCAAUGACAGCUUCGGUCGUUUUGAGAAGACCCGAGAGCAGCAAAUCGAUGCAGAGCUCCACUAACCAGCCUUCAAGUUCAAAGGACAAGAAGGAGAUUGAAAAAAGAGGACGGAAAAAGAAAGACUGGCGGCCGAUUGGCAGAGUCACCCUUGCAGGUGCAAAAUCUCAGGAAAUUUCAGGGCGACUGCCUGGUUUACCUCAAAGAGAGACGGUCUGUGAGCUCUGUGGCGGCUCUUUUCCUCAACCAAUCACAUUCCACAUGAAGAGCUGCCACCCAGGUUGUGGUGAAUCUGCAGGCGGCAAGGGUUACAACUCCGGAGGCAAUUUCUGUGUUGGGUGGGCUGGAAAUUGUGGAGACGGAGGAAUAGUUGGAAGUACUUGGUACUUGAUUUGUGACACAUGUCGAGAGCGCUACAUGAAACAGCGGAAGCAGCAGCGGAAAGACUCCUUGACUGGACACAAAAAGUCAAAGAAAAAGAUAACUUCGAAACUGCUCUCUCCAAUGAUGCUGCAGGAGAGCCACGUUGUCAUGAAGAACAAUGCCAUGUUCCUUCUGGAGUUGGCAAGUGCUGCUUCGAGAGAUCCUCCGCCUUGCUCUCCUCCGAUGAGAAGGAGUCCUCACGGGAUGCCCUCCGUUUUGGAGCAAGAGGAUGGACCGUUUCCCAGUUUGCCAUCUGGACUGCCAGGUUUCCAGUGCUUGUCAACCUUGGGGGUCAGUCCAGCGCAGGUUAGACACCUUGCUGAAGAGCAUUUGCUGGCCGAAACUCUCAGGAAAAAUGGAGAGGAGGGACUCGAUCGAUAUUUGGAAGGAGUGGAGUCGAAAGGUGUCCGACCAGUGUCUGACUGCCCAUUGAGUGAUUCGGAAGACAGCCUUCGAGGCCGACCCUUUCACCGGUCCAUCUCGAUGGGCACCAAAGACUGGCAGAGUGGCCGUUUGGUUCGAAAAAGGAACAACUCUAGUGGAGAACCAAAUGAGGCUGGCAGCUCUCUCCUCUGCCACCCUUCGGCAGCCCUGCAAAAACUGGUGCCCUUCGACUUGACCUGCACUCAGUCCACCGACGAGAACAACGCUCCAAAACCAAACUGCGAGCUAAUGGAACGGCCGGUGAUGGAGUUUGUCAUGCAACAACACAACCUAGACAGUCUGCAGCUGGCAAUGAAGCAGGGCAUCAGAAAGGCAGCCUGCAGGGUGUACGCCAUGCAGGCGCUGACGUGGCUCCUCAGGAGUGUCACUCAACCCACUUGUCUGCAUGAUCUCUUGUGGUGGUUUGUUGCCGCUUUGACCCCAGCAUCUGAAUACAGCCGUGCCUUUGCAGAACAGCCAAUGGACAAUGAGUUUGGUAGAAUUGGCAAGUUUGAGGAUCUUGAUUUGCACGCCGUCUGCGAACACCCUUUGAGUGACCUCUCCGUUGCUGGAGAUGCCGUCAGACCAUUGCCCUCAGCUUUCCAUAGCCUUUUGCAAGCAGUGGCUGACUUGAUGCUGCUUCUCCCUAUGGGUUCUGCCCUGCAGCAGAUGGCGGUCCGAUGCUGGGGCAUCAAGUUCAGACAGACUGACCACAGUUUCCUGCAUAGAAGCCAUGUUUUCAGCAAUAUCAGCAAAAUUCUCUCCAGAACUGAAGAGGAGGAGGCAUUUGAUGAAAGUCACCACUCGAUCAUCUCUGCCAUAGCAAGUGGCCCGUGCUUUGUGGAGACCCUUAGGGACUUGACCAGCAAUGUGGACAUCAAAGCCUCCAGUAGACAAGCAAUGGUCGUUAGCCUCACUGACUCUUCAACUGAAACAUUCUGGGAAUCGUCGGACGAGGACAGAAACAAGACAAAGUUCCUGACUGUGACCUGUGCUAAAAACUCAUGGCCCAAGAUGGUUUAUGUUCACAUCGACAACUGCAGGGACCUGGCCAACAAGGUAUCAACCAUCUCCUUCCAGUCAGGGCCCAAUGCAGAGGAGCUAUACAAACUCACUCAGAUCGAUGUGGAAACAAGAUACUCAGGAUGGAUCUCCAGCAUCAUUCCAGACAACCAUCACAGCAUAAUCCGAAUUGAGCUCAGAGGGCCUGACAACACACUCCGUGUCAGACAAGUGCGGAUCCUUGGAGAGUUUGAAGGCCAAGAAGUGUUGAACAGAAAUCAAAAGCAGCACAGCGCUCUUUCCAUUCAGCAGAAGAACUGUGAGGCCGAGACUCUCCGAGUCUUCAGGCUCAUCACUUCUCAAGUGUUUGGAAAGUUGAUUCAAGGAGUUGAAAUGGACGAGGCUCCUGAAGACGGCUUGGCCGAAGCUGGGGAAACAACAAAGGUUGAGGAAAGCAAUGAUUUGAGAGAGCACAUGGUUGGAAUACUCUUUAGCAGGAGCAAACUGACCAACCUUCAGAGACAAGUUUGUCAGCACAUAGUGCAAGCAAUAAGAAAUGAGAGCAGCCGAGUCAAAGAAGAGUGGGAAGCUUUCCUGUGCUCAGCUGGAACGCAACAGCUUAACUCUUUAACUGGGGAGAAAAUUGUGUCUGACACUUACUGCUUUGAGAUGCUCUCCAUGAUGUUGGCCCUGAGUGGCUCCAGUGUGGGUAGGGCUUAUCUCUCACAGCAGUCAACCCUGCUCAGGGACUUGCUCAGCCUUUUACACACCGGAUCGGCUCGGGUCCAGAGACAAGUUACAUCACUGUUGAGGAGGAUGUUGCCUGAAGUUUUACCUCAGCAAUUAGCAGCUAUCCUUGGAGUUGAGAGACUUCCACCAGCAGAUUUCAGUAUUGUCACUGCCUCAAACAAGAACGGCCACCCUGAAUCCGAGUUUGACAUGCACAAAAUGGGAAUUUUGGACGUUUUCCUGAGCGUCAUAGCCAAGUCAUUGACGGUUCAGGUGAGAGUGAAAGGAGGUGGCAAGGAGAGCCAGGCUAAAGGCACCAGUACCGCCUCCCUGGCCACCUCCAUUAAGUCCGCUCCCAGCCAAGGCCGGUGGUGGAUGCGGGGCUGCAACUCGCGCAAACUUAGUGACGGGAUCAUCAGUCUGCUCAAAGAUAUGGCUGCGGGAAAGUUGUCAGAAGCUUGGGCUGAUGUAACCAAAGGUGCUGUGGCGGAGAACAUCCUGAACCUUACCAAGUUGCCGGAAUCCUCGAGGUCACCGCAGCAAUGUUUGGCCUCACCAACUUUGUGGCUGGCACUGGCCUCUCUGUGCGUUCUGGACGCUGACCACGUUGAAAGACUUUCAUCUGGUCAAUGGAGCGCCGCCGAAGGACAACCAACCACACCAAGGCCAACGUGCAGCAACCACGACGACAGUGAAACAGCCGCGAUAAUCCAAUGCAACGCGUGCGGCAACCUUUGUGCUGAGUGCGACCGAAUUCUGCAUCUGCACCGGCGGACGCGGCUGCACCAGCGGCAGGUGUGCAAAGAGGAGGAGGAGGCGAUCAAGGUGGACCUGCACGAAGGGUGCGGCCGGACGAAGCUGUUCUGGCUGCUGGCGCUGGCCGACUCAAGCACCUUGAAGGCGCUGGUCGAGUUCCGUGAAAGGGGCACGCGGGCCAAGGCGGCCGGAACAGUGGCCGCGGGGGUGUGCCGUUUUUGCGGGGCCACUGGGUCUUCAGGGCUGCUGGCCAUCGGGAACGUGUGCGCCGACCAGGAGUGCCAGGAGCACGCUAGAAACGCUUGCAGUCGAUUGCACGGGUGCGGCCACAUGUGCGGUGGCGUUCAGGGUGAGGCGCCCUGCCUGCCCUGUCUACACGGCUGCUCCAACGAGCCCGGCCUGAAGCAGGACGCCGAUGACAUGUGCAUGAUUUGCUUCACGGACGCACUGGCCUGUGCCCCGGCCGUCCAGCUAAAGUGCGGACACGUUUUCCAUGUGCACUGCUGCAAAAACGCGCUCAGCAAGAGGUGGGCUGGACCUAGAAUCACCUUUGGCUUCUCCCAGUGUCCCAUUUGCAAGAGCGACGUGGAGCAUCCAAAUUUGGUGUCAUUGUUAAACCCCAUUAGAGAACUGUACGACGAUGUCAGGAGAAAGGCUCUGAUGCGUUUGGAAUACGAAGGCCUCAGCCGCGCUGGGCGGUCUUACAAAGACCCGGCAGCGUACGCCAUGGACAAAUACGCCUAUUACGUCUGCUUCAAGUGCAAAAAAGCUUAUUACGGUGGAGAGGCGAGGUGCGACGCCGACGCUGGAAUUACGGAGGACUACGACCCUUCAGAACUUGUUUGUGGUGCCUGCAGCGACGUCUCCAGAGCCCAAAUGUGCCCAAAGCACGGGACAGACUUCUUAGAGUACAAGUGCCGCUACUGUUGUUCCGUCGCAGUUUUCUUCUGCUUUGGAACAACCCAUUUCUGCAACGCCUGUCACGAUGACUUCCAGCGUGUAACCAACCUGCCCAAACACGAACUUCCGCACUGUCCUGCUGGACCCAGAGCAAAGCAGCUAGAGGGAGAAGAGUGUCCGCUGCACAUCAAACACCCCACCACUGGGGAGGAAUUUGCCCUGGGCUGCGGAGUUUGCAGAAAUGCCCACACUUUCUAGGAACAUUAAUUAAAUAACACCUCUGUACCGCGUCUGUUCUUUUCUGUGUAAACAUUUGCUUAAAGUUGUUCAUGGUUAAAUAAUUGUUAUGUAGCGUUACGAGAUAAUCGAUUAAUUUAUUAUUUCUGCUGUGAUUCUAUUUGUGUCAAAAUACGCUUUGGUCGAUAUGAAUGUUUGCUUGUUUUCCGUUGUAUUCCGUAGACAAAAAUUGUAGUAGUCAUUUGAUAAAGAAAGAUUUAAUAAACGACGCUGUUUGGCUUUACAUUCGUA